CGCCGCCGCCACUCGAGCCUGGAGGUCAUUGCGCUCUCGCCCCACUCACUGCCUCUCGUUGCCUUCUCCUCCACCUUCCUCCCGCGUCUACAGCUCCCGGCCUACUGCAUAGUCGCCCAAUAUGGAGAACAACAAGCAAGAUAUCGAUCAGUCACAGUACAUUGACAAUGCCAUCCGCGCGGUCAGGGAGAAGAAGCCGCGCCCCGAGAUUGACUUCACCCUGCAUACGAUGGAGGACAACACACAAGUGAAUACCACGGAGCGCGUCUGCAAAGACGUUCAGGCGCCAGCCACCCAUCCGCCCACAGACGAGCAAUUCUUCUCCCCACAAGACCGGACAAAGCCCAACAUCCAGUUCCUCAAGCAGCAUUUCUACCGCGAAGGUCGCUUGACCGAGCAGCAGGCGCUAUGGAUCCUAAAGAAGGGCACAGAAAUACUAAAGUCGGAGCCCAACAUGCUGGAGAUGGACGCACCAAUUACCGUGUGUGGCGAUGUUCAUGGGCAAUACUACGACCUCAUGAAGCUGUUUGAAGUCGGUGGCGACCCGGCGGAGACACGCUAUCUGUUCUUGGGCGACUACGUCGAUCGGGGCUACUUCAGUAUAGAGUGCGUACUGUACCUGUGGUCCCUGAAGAUCUGGUACCCGAACACCCUCUGGCUACUUCGAGGGAACCACGAGUGCCGACAUUUGACCGACUAUUUCACUUUCAAGCUUGAGUGCAAGCACAAAUACUCCGAAGCGAUAUAUGAAGCCUGCAUGGAUUCAUUCUGCGCGUUACCUCUGGCUGCGGUCAUGAACAAGCAGUUCUUGUGUAUACACGGUGGACUGAGCCCUGAACUUCACACGUUGGACGACCUGAAGAGCAUUGACCGCUUCCGAGAGCCUCCUACACACGGCCUCAUGUGCGACAUUCUCUGGGCCGACCCACUGGAGGAGUUUGGACAGGAGAAGACGAACGAUUUCUUCAUACAUAACCACGUCCGUGGAUGCUCCUACUUCUUCUCGUAUCCUGCCGCGUGCGCUUUCCUCGAAAAGAACAAUCUGCUCUCUAUCAUUCGUGCCCACGAAGCCCAAGACGCCGGUUACAGAAUGUACAGGAAGACACGGACGACCGGGUUCCCUAGCGUGAUGACCAUCUUCAGCGCACCGAACUACCUCGAUGUAUACAACAACAAGGCUGCUGUUCUCAAGUACGAGAACAAUGUCAUGAACAUACGACAGUUCAACUGCACACCGCAUCCCUAUUGGCUGCCUAACUUCAUGGAUGUCUUUACAUGGUCAUUACCGUUCGUCGGUGAAAAGAUCACCGACAUGCUUAUUGCCAUCUUGAACACCUGCUCGAAGGAGGAGCUCGAGGAAGAGACACCCAGCUCAUUGGCAUCUGGACCGUCAUCGCCACCUCUCUCUAGCUUGGACCCGGAUUCGACCGAGUUCAAGCGACGCGCAAUCAAGAACAAGAUCUUGGCCAUCGGCCGACUUUCUCGCGUAUUCCAAGUGCUGCGUGAGGAGUCUGAGCGCGUUACUGAACUGAAGACAGCAUCAGGAGGUCGACUCCCUGCGGGCACGCUCAUGCUCGGCGCAGAAGGAAUCAAGCAAGCGAUUCACAGCUUUGAGGACGCACGUAAGGUCGACCUCCAAAACGAGAGGCUCCCACCGAGUCAUGAAGAAGUACGAAAAUCUCAGGAGGUCAGCCGAGAGCAGGCUCUCGAGAAGGCCACCAAGGAGGCAGAUAAUGACCAAGGACUCGCUACCGUCGCCAGGCGCAUCAGCAUGUCUUCUGGAUCCGGGCGUAGCAGAAGGAGCUAGGUGCCAUUCAGGCGCCCGCGAUCCGAUGGUGGAGGCGAAAUGCAAGCCCAAUAGCUAAAGGAUGUAGAGGCUUUUGAUUUAUGUAUUGGCGGGCC